AUGUACAGCACGCACACCUGUCACACGCACACACGCACAACUGCGACCGUCAACCGCCGCCGCCUCUUAGGCGGCGGUACAUUAUCAUCGCAAGAAAGAACACAAGUCGCGUUACCGGAAAUGCCUUUCACCAUCGCACGUUUCCGCAAUCCCAUAGCGCAUACUAUGCUAGUCUCGAUGCCCACCUCCCCUUCUUAUAGCAGGGCACCCAGAUUGACUAUUGCACUGAUGUGGUCAGCCUUGUCGAUCGCCAUCUCGUCGUACUCCGACAAGCACAACUCAUUCCGUACCUUUAGAAUGAAAGUUCCCGAGAUUGAACAUCGCCUCGACGUGACCAGCCUUGUCGAUCGCCCUCUCCCACAGCUCCUUCGCUCGUGCCGCGUUUCGCUCCACCCCUUCCGCGCCAUCGUACAGCAAACACCCGAGAUGGUUCAUGGCGUCGACAUGAUCAGCCUUAUCGAUCGCCUUCUCCCACAACUCCCUCGCUCGAAUCGAGUUCCGCUCCACUCCUGCCCCAUUUUUGAGCAGGGCCCCGAGGUUGUACAUCGCGUUCACGUGAUCAGCCUUCUCGAUCGCCCUUUCGUACAAAUCCCUCGCGCGUACCAUGUUACGCUCCACUCCUUCUGCGCCAUUAUCAAGCAGGAACCCGAGGUUUUUCAUCGCGCUGACGUGAUCAACCUUCUCGAUCGCCCUUUCGUACAACUCUAUCGCGCGUACCGCGUUACGCUCCAUUCCUUCUGCGCCAGUAUCGAGCAGGACCCCGAGGUUGUACAUCGCAUCGACGUCGUCAGCCUUCUCGAUCGCCCUUCCAUACAACUCCGCCGCGCGUACCGCGUCACGCUCCACUCCUUCUGCCCCAGUAUCGAAAAGGAACCCGAGGUUGUACAUCGCAUCGACGUGAUCAGCCUUAUCGAUCGCCCUUUCAUACAGCUCCAUCGCGCGUACCGCGUUACGCUCCACUCCUUCUGCGCCAUUAUUGAGCAGGAACCCGAGGUUGUUCAUCGCGCUGGCGUGAUCAACCUUCUCGAUCGCCUUUCGUACAGCUCCAUCGCGCGUACUGCGUCACGCUCCACUCCUUCUGCGCCAGUAUCGAGCAGGACCCCGAGAUUGUACAUUGCAUCGACGUUGUCAGCCUUCUCGAUUGCCCUUCCAUACAACUCACUCGCGCGUGCCGCGUUACGCUCCACUCCUUCUGCCCCAUUAUCGAAGAGGAACCCGAGGUUGUACAUGGCAUCGAAGUGA